CUUACGCUCCACGCCUCAACAAGCGCUCCUUCACCUGCCUCGUCUCCCCUCACUCUGUGGACUAGGAGCUUUUACACAGAAGUGAACGGCAGGAGAUAAACAUGCAGUAUUUAUGGAGUUGCAUUACUGAGCUAUACAGCGCCGGGAGGCGCUGCAGUGUUUAGUGUGGAGGAAUCCCGUCGGACUGUCUCCAUGCAGAUGACCAGUGAUGGCCACGACGGCCGACCCCACAGAAGAAUCAGUUGAUGAAGUGGUCAGCGAGCACAUUUUUAACCCCCUGGAGAGGAUCAUUCUGACCUUCUUCCUGGCAUCUAUUAUUAUUAUGACUGUCCUUGGUAACCUUCUGGUGAUGGUGGCUCUGUCAAGGGACAGGCAGCUGAGGAAGAAGAAAACCAACUACUUCAUCGUCUCGCUAGCGUUCGCAGACCUUCUGGUGGCUCUUUUAGUGAUGCCAUUUGCAGCGAUAGAGCUCACCACUGGUCACUGGAUUUACGGAGACACGUUCUGCCUGGUGCGCACCUCCCUGGAUGUGCUACUCACCACAGCCUCCAUACUGCACCUGUGCUGCAUUGCCCUGGACAGGUACUAUGCAAUCUGCUGCCAGCCGCUGGUCUACAGGAACAAGAUGACACCUGUGAGAGUGUCUUUGAUGCUUGGGGGGUGUUGGGUUAUCCCCUUGUUCAUCUCCUUUCUCCCCAUCAUGCAGAACUGGAAUGCCAUUGGCAUCGAGGACAUUAUUGAGGAGAGGAAGCUAAUCCACGGCUCGAACAGGACGUCCUGCAUAUUCAUGGUGAACCGACCAUACGCCCUCGUCUGCUCAGCCGUGGCCUUCUACGUGCCUCUGGGCUUGAUGGUCCUCGCCUACCAGCGCAUCUAUGUGACGGCUAUGGAGCACGCUCGGCAGAUCCGGGUGCUUCGGCGUGCUGGAUCCACUCCCAUAUCCUCGUACUACAGUCACGAACACCCCGGCUCCAGCCGCAUGAAGAUCGAAACCAAGGCGGCCAAGACACUCGCAGUCAUUAUGGGCUGCUUCUGUCUGUGCUGGGCUCCGUUUUUUGUCACUAACGUAGUGGACCCCUUCAUCCAGUACAGUGUACCAUGGCAGAUGUGGACCACAUGGCUGUGGCUGGGAUACAUUAACUCGGGCUUGAACCCAUUCCUCUAUGCCUUUCUGAACCGGGCUUUUCGCAGAGCCUUCCUCAUGAUCCUGUGCUGUGGGGACAUGCGCUAUGCCCGCCAGGGAAGCUUUAGCCCGAGCAGACCUUGCUCAGCAUCUGUGAACGGAACAUCCAUAGCGCUCAGGAGCACUUUUAUCGAGGUGCCGUCUCCAGUUCUGCCGGAGCUCCUGGCACACAGAUUCAAUGGGCAGGCCCAUAAUAAUAGGUUGUCAUUUCUUCCCAACCGAAGCUACAGUGACAAUGGCAAACAAAUCCUUUCCAGCGAACAGGAAUCUCUGGAUUCUGCUGGGGUUUUCUAACAAAGACAAUACAAACCUAAAGAUGGCAGCAACCUGUUACUACAAACCAGCAUCAGCUCACAGGUAGAAGACUCGUCUUCUUCAAAUAAACCAGAGAUGCUCCAGUGCUCUAAUACUCAUGGAUUUUGUACUUUUUGUGACAAACCUAGAACCUGGAGACUUUGCUCAGGUGACAGUAAAGGGUAAGCCAAGCACAACAGCACACGAGAGACAGGCCGUGAACGUGAGUGAACUUAAUUACACGAAAGACAAUAGUGGACGCUACAAAGAGAAAUCCCAAGCUGACCUCCUCCAUGCCUGUAUGUCAUCAUAAAGAAGAGCACGAGGAGCACUGACCUCUCCGUUUCUCAUUUAUGGAAAAGACACUGCCAGGUUGUAAUUGUUGGGAAAUGGUUACGAGUGUGUUUCUCAUGUCCAGUAUCAGGGUGAGCCUUGGAGCUUACUCUGAGAUUACUUAAAGAAAAAUAUACACAAUUUUCCUCAUACCACAAACACAGACCUUUAAGUGUCUUUAGUUUGCUUUAUUAGUUUCGCGCCGGAUCUACAAGGAUGUCGCAAUUAUGAGCGUUGUACAAACACGUCUUAAUCAGUGUCUCGAACAGACCUCAUGUGGUUUCUGACACUGUAUAACUAACGCAUACCGUAUGAAUGCUAAAAGCAGCUCCAUUCCUAAAAAGCUGCUAAAUGAGCAAUGCAUUUUGUACAACGCUAAACACUCAUGAAUGAGCUUCCUUCAGCUCCAUCAGGCUGCUUACAAAUUUAGCUUUCUUUUUCUUCUUCUUGUUUUUCAGAAAAAGUGCUGAGAAAUUGCACUGCUCACGCAGCGUGCACACCGUAACCAUAACAACGCUCUUCCUUACAUAGCUAGCAUCGGCGGUUGAGAACACACCUAGUGUGAAAGCAGCUUUAGUCUUCUAGCUCCAACGCAAAAUUACAUUCUGGACACCAAACACGUCUCAAGUUUCAGAGGAACAGUGUGUACAUUUAAAUUGUGGCUCAACUGUUCUGUUAAAGCUCCAUUUUUCCAUCAACAUGCUGAAUAUCAGCCUGUGGUAGAUCCACUUUUCUCUAUAUGGAUUGCUCUAUUUAUUUUUGUGUACAGGUUUGGCUUCAGAAAUAAGGAGCAACAACAUUUGUCACCAUGUGACAUUUCUUAUUGUACCUUCUUGUAUUCUCGGAUAUGAUUUUAUGUGUUGAAAUAUGGUUUCAAUUGUAUCUGUGGGACAGAUGUUUUAUUAAAAAAAAAGGAACACAAAGCAAAAACUUGUACUCAGUAUU